GUUGUAAGUCGUGAUCAUGUUGUUAACAUUAUAAUUCAGUUAUGUUUUUGCAUUGAAGGCAUAGUCACACGAUUGUACCAUUACUUUAUAAGGGUUAGUUUCGGAGUCGAUUUUAGCAGUAUAUAGUUAAAUCGCACGUAUAACAGUGCAAUUUACUAGGAGAGUCAUGAACAGAAAAGACUUUGUUUUCGCAAUUUUUAUGACAUUUAUGAUAUUAUUUUGCCUAGUUGAAUACAAAUCUGUAGAAAAUGACUCCUUACAUAUACAGGCAGUACAAACAAUUGUAUCAAGGAACUGUUUAUACCCACGUCCGAGUGAAAAUCACAGAAAAAAAAAUGAAACAGAAACGGGCCCAUUGGUAUUUCUAACUGGAAACGAUAAAAACUUAACACAACCGCAGAAAGACUUGGAAAAAAUCCUAACAAUAGCUAAAGCCAUGUCAAAGGAGACCGUGCUUGUUACAGUGAUAAAUGACGGAUUUUUACCACUAGCAUAUAAUUGGUUAUGUAAUACAAAACAUAUGGGAGUUCAUCAUCAGGUAUUAGUGAUUGCCACGAAUCAAGCAGCAAAGGAGAAACUUUUGUCAGUAUCACCUGAUAUCAAGGUAGUUGUGCUAACCGUCGACAAAUAUCUCCAGAAAGAUCAACAGUACAGUCACGUGGGUUAUAUCAGACUUUUAGUUCGUAGAACCGAAAUACUGUUAGCAUUAUUGGAGAGUCGUAUAGAAACAUUCCUGUUUGAAUUUGACUUUCUGUGGCUACGGAGUCCGCUCUCGUUAUUUAAAUCAUACUCCGGUAAAUAUGACAUGCUGUUUGUACACAAUAGCAAUAGGCAUAGCAUGGUAACAAAUUCAGUAAAUGGUGGAUUUUUCUACAUGUUUCCUACUAACACUACUGUUAAACUAUUUCAAGAGUUGUAUAGAAGAAUGCAGAAGUUAGCAGAUAGAAUAAAAACAUGGCCACCAGAGAAAAAGGUAUCCGAGAAGGCAAAUGAUCAAGUGUAUUUAAACAGAUUAUUCUCGAAACGCUAUGGCGGAUUAAAAGCUUUAAUUUUACCGCAUACAGAUUUCCCUGACGGAAAAUGGUACUCCUUACUGGAAUCUAAACGGAAAUCUUGGAAACCAUAUGUCAUUCAUAACAAUUGGAUAAUAGGCAAUGAUAACAAAAUAGCACGUGCUAAAGAGUGGGGACAUUGGUUUCUAAAUGACAGCAGCGAAAUUCAAUGUAACUCUGAAGUUUUUAUAAAUGACCAUAGUGUUUUAAAAAAAGAUAUUUUCCGUUAAUAUGUUGUGUUUUGUAUACUGUUGUUUAUCUGUUGGUCUUUUUAUUGUUUUGCCAUGGUGUUGUCAUUUUAUUUUUCUGAUGUCCAUUACUGACAUUUUUUUAUCUCUUUAACUGAUAAUAUUUCUUAACUCUUAAAAUAAUUCUGUCCGUUAGGAAGUCGUCAAACUGACAACAAGAAAACUUUCUAGCCGAAAAAUUUACAUUAAAACCAUUCAUAAGUAUUUUUUAGGACAGUGCCCAUUAAAAACAAAAAGACUUGAAAAAUUUCCUUCAAAUGAUAGAUUGAUUAACGGUUGCUUGCUUAACGUCCAGUUAGAAAUGUUCAGGACAAAAGCAUAUAUACAAUAAAUACAGCGGGUAGGUGCUGCAGAGUGGGAUAAGAAAAGCCAAGAAUUUCGACUGCACUGAAAAAUGAGGUUUUGUUGGAGUAGGACUGAAACAUUGCCAUACAAGAGGCUAUCUACCGACCCCCUCCCUGACACCUACAGCAAUUGAAAAACAGCAUUUAAAGUUAUAUGAAACUUCAAAUUUUGAUUAAAGUUGAAUAUGUUUUAUAUACUUGAAUGGCUAAGUUUUACUAUAAAAACUUGUGUUCGUGAACUGUUUUGUAAAAGAAAUCCUUUACAAGUUUGAGCUUUCUAAAAAGCUGUAGAUUGCUUCGCUGUACCCUAAUUUAAUGUAAUAUGUGUGCAUGUGGUUGUUGAUUUAGUAUUGGAAAUGUGGUAUUUUUAGAUAUUGAUUGAUAUAAAAUGGAUGUCUUAGACUUGGAAUAUCAAUUUUGUAUAUAUAUUAAGAUGAAUUUUUCUGAAAUUUUAAACUGGCUAAUUAGUUUCAUUGAAAAUGAUAUUGUUCUACUUUAAGAGUGUGCGUUAAACACCCAUGCUUUUAAAAUGUUGUCACUUUACUUGUUGAAAAUUAAAAUAUUUACAAAUAGACACGACUCUGGAGGUGUGCCUAGACUGGCAGAAGUUAUAAAAUACAGAUAAUGCAUUUUUGUAAACAUUGUAUAGGAUAUGGAAUAUUGUUUAGCAAAACAAAUCGUGCAUAUUGCAGAUUAACAAAGCAAAUAAACAAGUAUUAAUAA